AUGCUAAGGGGAAGACCUCCGACGCCCCAUAUCUUCCCUAUUAACCUGAUUUUUCCACCGAUGGACCUCAGCGAUCCAUACACAUUCCUGACUUUGAAGCGAGAAUACGUCCAGAUUAAGCCGGUUCUAGCUGUGGCUACAGUGCUACUGAAGAUGUACGGUAAAUACCAAGAUGGACGCCUCCAUGUCAGUAACGGCUAUACGUGGAUUGCAAUGCUCUACAGUACGCACUCAAAAUAUUAA